AUGAAGGUGGAAAGUUGGACAUGCACCGAGCGAUCGUCUCCAGACGAUCGCUAUCUAAAGGGUUGUCCUGAAUCACUAAUUGGACACCUUCUCACGGGAAAUAAUGUCGAGAAAAUAGGGGAUCAGAAUAUCACAAAUGAGACCAUUGUGAAGAGAUAUCGUCGAUAUUUGGGAUUCAUUUCAGGCGGAAAAGUUUUUUUUCGUGUGAAUAUAAAAGACAAUGUGAUAAAAGUAAAUCAAAUUUGGGCCCAUGCUUAUGGCUUUCGGCAGAAUUAUGACAUUAAUUGGCCAUAUCCUUCAAGCUACAAAGUUCGUCGACGAGAUGUUCAUGAGACCGUUGAGGACUUUAUGGGAGCACUUGGAUUCAAUGGUCGGGCAUGCUUGAGGAGAUCUGUUUGUGAGGCUAAGGAAAUUGAGAACCAGGAAAGUGGGAUGUUUAGGAAAUUGUUCAAAAAAAUAUUUAGUGUUGAUUUAAGACAACACUCCUACAUGAUUCCAACAUCUUGUGAGGAAAUGCGAGAAUCGUGUCCCAUAAAUUUCUUAGAUUUGUCACCCUACACAGACCUCUGA